AUGCAAAUUACUCAAACUUAAUUAUUAGAAUGGGUAAAGGAUGGAAAUAAGGCUACUUUGAAAAAGCAUUUCGAAGACUAGUUAAUGUUUUCACAAUAAAAAUUGCAGGCAUUUUUUUCUAUGGUUGAUGAUCAAAACAGAAAUGUCGUGCAUUGGGCUGCUUAUUUGGGAUAAUAUAAAUUGUUAAAGUGGUGGUGUAAGAAAUACAAGGUGAUGAUCGACUUAAACAAAGGAGAUAUGCACUCUUACACUCCCCUAGAAUUAGCAAGCAUCAAAGGGUACACAAUAUUACAAUUUAUUCUCAAGGUAUUCUGGCGAAUACAAUCCAGAGAAACAAGAAAAGACGAUACAAUUAUUGCUUGAUCACGGUGCUCAAAUUCCGCAAUCUAAUACCUCUAAGCCGAAUCCAUUACAUUGGGCUUUUUAUUAUGGGAACAAAGAAUUAGUAGAUUUUCUAAUCUCAAAAAAUUUUUAGCUUCAAUUAGAAACCGAUCAACAAGGCAAUUAUCCCAUCGAUUACUUGUUCUUGGAGAAUAGACCAGAUUAAUACAAGUAUGAAUUUCGAUAUUACCUAUUAGAAAAGUAGUUCGCGAGAUAUUUGAGAAUACCAUCAUCAAUUAUGCUCAGGUAACUACCAAACAAACAUUGAAUAGAAAACCCAAGAGGAAGAAGCACAGAUAAGCUACCAUCAUUACUAGUUAACAGCCGUUCAUUUAAACUUAAAUAAAAGAGGAUGAAUCAACACCAGAAUCUGAACCUUCUAAAAAUGGAAUACCAUAUUCCAAUAUUUCCAAUUAUCAUCGAAGUCAAACCUCAAAUUCCUUCCUCUCCAAAAAUAAUAUGCCCAAAACUAAUCAAAAGCAGACUCCCAGUCAAUAAAUACUAAUUAAGUUCCAACAAAGGAGUUGCUGCCAAAAGAUAUAAUCUAAGAACAUCGACGAAAUUGCUGACAUUCCUCUCUUCGACGAUUCUCGAAUUGAAAUGAAAGAACCAGAAGAAGAGAAAAUACCAGAAAUCAAGAUUUCCAAUCAAAAUCAAAAAAACACUGAAACCAAUCAGGAAAAUUAAUUCUAACCAGCUGAUUAAUGUAAUAUCAUUAUAACCUAACCUCCUCCUUUAUUACUCAACCAGGAAUCUUCUCCUUCUAAACACGUCCAUUCGAGAUAACAUCAGAAAAGCAAUAAAUUCAAUGUCCACGAUCUGGAGAGACAAACUCUGAAAGAAUAGGAAAAGUUUACCAUCUAUCAUAGCAAAGCCAACCUCACCAAAAAUGAGAUAUAUGAAUGUCGAUUGUAGUAUUGGUCAGCCAGUCAGGGCAAUACUGAAUUUUUCAUUUAUUUCUUAAAGAGGAAGUGCAACCCUUUCCUGAAUGUCUAUCAGGGCUUCAAUUGUCUUCACGUUGCAGCCUUCAAGGGGAAACUCAAGAUCUUGAAGAUCAUCUUAGAAAAUGAUUAUGAAUACUACGAUUAUUCUGGAGAUGGCAAUCACAAAAACAAAAAAUCACUCAAAGAUUAAAUCUUUGAUAAGGUAUCUAAUAUGCUAAUAAUACUUUAUAGAAGGAAUGCAUAAACAUACUGACUGAUCAAAAUCCAUCAAACGCAUUGCAUUUGGCUAUCGAAUAGGAAAAGUAUGGGUGCAUGAAAACCUUGAUCUUGCAUGGGGUAUCAGUUGAAACAGUCAAUAGUAGAUGCCUCAAACCUUUUGAAUUGACUUUCAAUCAAAACUUUAUGAAGUUUUAUAAAGAAAAUAUUCAAGUCAAAUAAUCAAUCAGCAGUUUAACUGAGUUGGGAUAUUAGUAUGUGAUUCAAACCAAGGGUACUCUGAGUGUAGAUAAGGACAUCGUGUAUUUGCAAUUGCAAAACAUAAGGCAGACCUUUGCAGAGAGAGGAUGGAGCUUCGAAUUCCUGAUAUUCCAUGCUCCAGAUCUUGAUAAGCUGGAACUGUACAAUGACAAUACGAAGACAAACAAGGUUAAAUCACUCUUUCAUUAUUACGUAUUAAAAUUGCCUCCUGAUUCAAUUUAUUAACUGGCACACCUCUAUUAGAUAUCAUGUUACAAUUUCAAAACCAAAGUAAGUUACAUCUUUAAUUGUAGCAUAUAUGUUAAUUUCACUAUGAUAAGAGGGGUUUCUUUGAAUUUCCAAAGGAUCUUCAAGUGCAAAUGCUAAUACUGAAUACUCUUAAUGAUGAAUUUGACGUAGAUAAAUUCGUCUUAGAGAAACUGAUAAUCUCGCAUUAUCCUUUGGAAGACAUUCAGAAAAGCGAAAAGAUCACCUAAUUUUGGGAUGAACAACAAAAUAACUGUAUUCGCGAUUCGAUUCGAUACGAAACUUAGUAAAUAGCUCUGAGACCCUUGCAUGCCAUAGCCUCAUAUUUUGGCCCAGUCGUUGCAUGGUACAUAGCCUUAAAUGUACAAAUUAUAGGUUGGCUCAUGAUACCAUCACUCUUUGGAGCGGCUUUGGGAAUCUACAUAAUAAUAACAGAGGAAGUCAAGUAUGAAUAAAUGAAAUUUUAGUUCUUCAAUUGUUCCUUUCUAUGCCCUACUCAUGACACUCUGGUCUACGUUAUUUAUGGAGAAAUGGAAGAACCGAGAAUCUGAGUUGAAAUUUUGUUGGGAUAUGCACAAAUUUAGACAAUCUCAGCCGUAAAGAGUGAUGUAUACGGGUCAGUAUAUCAUAAACGAGGCGACGAACAAGAUUUAGAUAUACGAUUACUUUACUACUUUUAAGAGACGAUUGAUUGCAGAAGGACCUGUUAUUUUGAUAGGGAUAGCAAUCAUUGUCGUAAGUUUUUAUGCGUUUAAUCUGUGGUUGCAAGAAUGGAAACACGAUAAAAUUAUGCCUAUAGUGAUUAAUUCUUUAAAUGGAGUUUCAAUGACAGUGUUUUGUGAUUUAUACAAACGGCUGUGUACAUCAUUGGUGACGUGGGAAAACCAUAUGUAUGAAUCUGAACAGGAGUACUCUUACAUUUUGAAGGUGUUCCUUUUUGAGUUUCUGAUAUCUUAUGUGUCUGUGGUUUACGUGGCGAUAUUUGAGAAUAAUGCCUCUCAGUUGAGUGUGUCAGUGGCUAGCAUCAUUAUAACGAGAGGAGUGAUAUCCAAUGUGAAGAGUAACUUUUUGCCGUACUUCUUAUUUAAGUAGGAGAAGGGGAUUCUUUCUAAGAAGUUUUAAGAAUUCAAGAGAAUAUUUACAUCGAAAUUGGCGGAGAGGAAGUAAGUGCCCAACAUUUGCAAUUAAAAAUUCAGUACAGAUCAAGUGAAUUCGGAAAUACAAUUGUCAUUUCUUUAGGAACUGGAGAUUGGUAGAAUUAAACAGCCAUAGAAGGUGCUAUAUGAUGAGUAUACAAGCAUUGCAAUUCAAUUCGGAUACACGACCAUGUUUGCUCCCACAUUUCCAGCAGCUCCUUUGUUUUUCAUGAUCAAUUGUUACAUCAAUUUGAGAUGGUCAAUCUACAAUUAUCAGCACAUUUUGAAGAGGGAACGAGCAUAGGCUGCAGAUUCAAUCGGAAUUUGGUUGUAGAUAUUUGAAAUCAUGAACUAUUGUGCUACUUUCAUGAAUUGCAUCGUGAUUGGGACUGUGAAUAAGGAGCAAUUCAAGGGAAUCAUUGGGAAUCAAGAUGCCCUUGUAAGCGCUUUCUUCCUUGCUGCGAUAGAACAUGUCUUAUUACUUAUUAAAUAUAUUCUUGAUGUUUCAAUUCCUGACUGUCCUUAUUGGGUGGAGAAGGAACUUAGAAGGUACGCAUACUUAGAAGAAAAAUACUAGAAAAAUAACAAUUGAU